AUGGCGGAUAGGUACGAAGAAGAGAAAAAAGAUGCCGGGAAGAAUAUGAUGAGCUUGAGGAAGAAGAAGCUCACGAAGUACCUCCAAUUGAAGGAGAAGAAUCAGAAAAAGAUGAAGGCACAGAAACUGAUCAACAAGAAGAAGCGAAGCGAGUUGCGACUACGUACACUGCGCUACGAGAAGGAGUACGAAGAGGAACGAAAGAAAAUCGUGGAACUUAAAAGAGAGGCGAGGAAAAACAAUUGCUUCUACAGAGAGGCAGAAAAGAAAGUCGUUUUUGUGAUCAGAUUAAAGGGAGUAAAUAAAUUAUCUCCAAAGGUGAGAAGCGUCUUUCGCCUUCUGAGAUUGCUUCAAGUACAUAACGGAGUCUUCGUGAAGGUGAACAAGGCGACGAAGGAAAUGCUAAAGAUUGUAGAGCCAUUUGUUACCUAUGGAUACCCAACGAUUUCUACCAUAAGGAAGUUAAUGUACAAAAGAGGUUACAUCAAAGUGGGAAAAGUGAGAAGAUAUGCGAGAAAAAAAAUUCAGGAGAACAAUGAGAUUUCCAAACACCUUGGUAAAUAUAAUGUCCAUGGGGUUGAAGAUAUGAUUUACCAACUUUACACUUGCGGACCAGCUUUUAAAAAAGUGAAUAAUUUCCUCUGGGCCUUUAAGCUGAAACCACCCAAGAAGGGUUUCAAGGCUAAGCGACACGCCUUCAAUGAGCCCAGACCAGGUGAUUGGGGAAACAGAGAAAACCACAUAAAUGAAUUAAUCAAGCGAAUGAUAUAA